CCUGCUUCACCGACUACAAUUACUGCACUCAUCAGCUUGGCUCUUUUCUUACAUCGUCUAAAGGCGAAAGGAUCUUCACAAGGUGAGAAAUCAACAAUCCACACAGGAAAGUGACCAUGCUAAAAAGAUGGAGGUCCGAUCUAUCAAGAAUGGCAUCAUCUUCUGCACCAUUGUGGGUUUGCUACUUAUCUUGUAUUGUGGAUUGCAAAAAGGAGUUAAAUCCUCCUACUUCAGUUACUCAAGAGGCAGUGGGAAUGUGACCAUUCUCAUCUGGUACUGGCCUUUUGGCGACAUGUUAACCCUAAAGGGAAAUGUGUGCUGGGAUCGGUACAAAAUACCACACUGUAUACUGGUGGAUCAGCGCUCCUUUUUCCCCUCAGCUGAUGUUGUUGUGUUCCACAACAGAGAACUGAUACAGGGAAGCCAGCAGCUUCCAACCAAACUCCCACGUCCACAAGGCCAGAGAUGGGCCUGGAUGUCACUGGAGUCUCCCAGUCACAACGGAAACUUGAAGAAGUUUGCAAAUAUCUUCAACAUGACCAUUUCCUACAGGAGAGAUGCUGAUGUUACCACACCUUAUGGUGAGCUGAAACCUUUAGAGACUGAAAGUAAUCUGGUGGAGGACAGCCAUAUAAAUAAGACCUCUUUGGUCUGCUGGGUGGUCAGCAACUACAUGGACCACCACAAAAGAACCCAAGUUUACAAAGAACUCAGUGCCAUGGUUCCUGUGAAGGUUUAUGGACACUGGAAUAAAAUGCCGCUCUCCUCUGAAGACCUCUUACCAACAAUCUCUUGCUGCUACUUUUACUUGGCUUUUGAGAACUCUCUGGCAAAAGAUUAUGUGACUGAGAAGCUGUGGCAGAAUGCUUACAAAGCAGGGGCUGUACCCGUUGUACUAGGACCCCCAAUAAGUGACUACAAAGCUGUGGCUCCAGAACAUUCUUUUAUCCAUGUCGAUGAGUUUUCAUCAGUACAAGAACUGGGGAAGUAUCUUCAAAGGCUUGCAGAGGACAGGAAGAAAUAUGAGGAGUAUUUUAACUGGAAAAAACACUGGAAGGUGAAAGUUCAUGGGGACUGGAUCGAAAUGCUGUGCAAGAUAUGUUUACAAUACAGCAGUUUACCUCAGCACAAAGUUUAUUCCGAUCUAGAGGCCUGGGACAAGGAAGGAUAUAGACCAUGAAUUUUCAUUUAUUUCUUUUGUUGGUGACUGAAUAAAUAUUUGGAU